AUGUUAUUGGUACCCGAUGUUUUGCUUCCUAUCGAAUUACUUUUGCAGACAUUAGUAGAUCAUUAUCUCAAUACAUCUUACUGUACAACAGUUAUAACUGAAACGCCUUUACAAAUUUUACCACAGAUUUCACAUCACUAUAUCCUUUUGAAUCAUAGCCUUGAGGAUGUAAUACUGGAUGCAUCAGAGGCUGGAUGUUCAGACUUUAUCGUACAAAUAGGUGAACCUAAAAGAUUUUUCUCUGCGCUGGAUUAUGCAACACAUCGCGGUAUUUUAAGGCGAAGUGAUCGAAAGAUAAUUUUGUUACCAUUAAACAAUACUGAGGAUGAUUUGCUUCUAGAUGUGUUGAGAAUGAAAGAAAGCAGUUUUGUUGUCAACCUCCUUCUGGUGCUGCCUUCUCCUUCGUCUCAUUGCGAAGCUUUCGAUUUAGUUACGCAUAAGUUUAUCGGUCCAGUUGACAACGACAUGCCAGUAUAUCUGGAUCGUUGGAAUUCUUGUUCGGGGUUUAAAAAAUCUGCGAACCUAUUUCCUCAUGACAUGUCUAAGUUGGAUGGUAAAAAUGUUAAAGUAACAUGUUUUACAUAUACACCGUACGUACUUCUGGAUUUGGAUCCCGAAAUGGUGCCUCUCGGCCGAGAUGGUGUUGAAGUCAGGUUAAUGAAGGAAUUUUGUAGGUGGGUUAACUGCACUAUAGAAAUAAUAAGUGAUAACGGUGAAGAAUGGGGUGAGGUGUAUGAGAAUUUCACAGGCUUGGGUGUACUCGGUAAUGUGGUCGAAGAUCGCGCUGAUUUUGGUAUAACUGCUUUAUAUUCUUGGUAUGAGGAAUUUCUAUAUAUGGAUUUUUCCGGGUAUGGUGUACGAACCUCUGUUACAUGCAUAGCUCCAUCUCCAAGACUUUUAGCAAGUUGGACAAUGCCACUACUACCAUUCAGUAUUUAUAUGUGGGUAGGAAUCCUGUUUACGUUUAUUUAUGAAGCCUUUUCAUUGUUUGUGGCUCAACAUUUUUCAGCGAAAAACAUUUUUCUGACCACAUUCGGCAUCUUGAUCACGCAGUCACAAAGUGAGUCAAAUUUCAAAUCGUGGAGGAUUCGAAGCGUGGUAGGAUGGAUGUUGCUAACUGGCUUGGUGUUAGAUAAUGCUUACGGCGGUGGACUGGCAUCUACCUUCACAGUACCCAGAUAUGAGCCUUCUGUUGACACUAUCCAAGAUAUGGUGGACAGAAAAGUAACUUGGGCUGCCACUCAUGACGCAUGGGUGUUUUCCUUGUCUGCGUCCCAGGACCCUUUAAUCAAACAGUUAGUAAAACAGUUCCACAUUUAUGAGCCGGAAGAGUUGAGACGUUUAAGUUUUACGAGAAAGGUAGCUUACAGUAUUGAGAGACUACCGGCGGGAUAUUUCGCAAUUGGAGAAUACAUCGAUGAUAAAGCAGUUCGUGACUUCACAAUUCUGGUUCAAGAUUUCUACUAUGAACUAUGUGUGGUUAUGAUGAGAAAAAGCUCACCUUACACACUCCAAAUGAAUAAACAUAUUGGCAGGUUACAUGAGAGUGGUUUAAUGUUAGCUUGGGAAAGACAGAUUGCAUUAAGCCUGUUAAAUUACAAGGUGCAGAUUGAGGUAAAAUUCUCAAGAUCGAAGAGAGAUGUCGAAACUAUAGAACCUAUCAGUUUCCGCAUUGUUCUUGGAGUAUUUAUUUUGUACGGAUUAGGACUUUUGCUGGGUCUCGCAGAUUACCUUUGCGAACGAUAUUUAAACCACGACCGCAAAAUUAAGACCCUCAUUCAUACCACCCGGAUUCAUUUGCUGCCAGCAAUGAACCCUGACGGAUGGCAGCUUUCCACUGAAACGGGGGCCAAAGAUUAUCUCAUUGGCCGUAACAACAAUCACUCUGUGGAUUUGAACAGAAAUUUUCCUGAUCUUGACGCAAUCACAUUCGAGUUGGAACGCCAAGGAAUUAAUCACAAUAAUCAUUUGUUAAGAGACGUCACUCGUCUGACAGCACCGGUGGAGCCCGAAACACGGGCUGUAAUAAGAUGGAUGAUGGCUGUACCAUUCGUGCUUAGCGCAGCUCUCCAUGGUGGAGACUUGGUUGCCAAUUACCCGUACGAUGAAAGCAGAAGCGGGGCUCCCGUUUCAGAGUAUUCAGCCAGUCCUGAUGAUGAUACUUUCAGGGAAUUAGCGAUGACAUAUGCCGAGUCCCACGCAGAUAUGGCAGAUCCAAGACGGCAGGGAUGCCGUGUCUCCAACAGUGACGAUUCAACCUCAUACAACUUCGGAAAACAGGGUGGAGUUACAAACGGGGCGGCUUGGUAUAGCUUGAAAGGGGGUAUGCAAGAUUUCAGUUACCUAGCAACCAAUGCAUUCGAAGUGACCCUAGAACUCGGUUGUAAGAAAUAUCCUCCAACGGAAGAGUUAGAAGAAGAAUGGCACAAAAAUCGCGAAGCAUUACUUGCGUUCAUGUGGAAAGCUCAUAUUGGGAUAAAAGGGAUAGUUGGUGAUGACUCUGGAUUUAUUAAAAACGCAAUCAUAUCUGUGGUAAACAUUACGGGACCGGUGCCGAGACCAAUUCGACAUGACAUAACUACAGGUGACUACGGCGACUACUACCGCCUCCUUACCCCGGGCCACUACGAGGUGACCGCCAUUCAUCCUGGAUACUUUUCCGUGUCACGAGUGGUUACUGUACCGCAUCAUCAGACCUCUGCCAGGAUCCUGAACUUCAAGUUAGAGCCGAAGACGAGUUGGUUCGACGACUACACAACUUACGGAUCAUACCCGUACGGACUACACGAUGGUCAGCCAAGAAUUUAUAAGCGAUCUCUUUACGAACAAGUCACCAACAUAAUGCUAGAGAAAAAGGACACGAAACAUUAGAUUUAUUAAAUAAUUUAUUCAUAAAUGUGUA